AUGUCUGCUACUAUCGAACCUACUUCUCAAAUGGCCAAGCUAUCCAUGAACGAUGCUCAAAUCAAAAAGUUGAAUGACACUGUUGAAGGUGAGGAGGUUGAAGAGAUCCUCAGGGACAACACCAGACGUUUCUGUCUGUUCCCCAUCAAGUAUCAUGAGAUUUGGCAAUUCUACAAGAAGGCCGAAGCUUCUUUCUGGACUGCGGAAGAGAUUGAUUUAUCCAAGGAUCAGCACGAUUGGGAAACCAAAAUGAACGAAAACGAAAGAUACUUCAUUUCUCGUGUGUUGGCUUUCUUUGCGAGUGCUGAUGGUGUUGUAAACGAAAACUUAGUCCAAAAUUUCUGUGAUGAGGUCAAGAUUCCUGAAGCAAAGUGUUUCUAUGGUUUCCAAAUCGCUAUUGAAAACAUUCAUGCUGAAACCUACAGUCUCUUGAUCGAUACCUACAUCAAGGAUAACGCCGAAAAAGAAAUGCUCUUUGACGCUAUCGAGACUAUUCCCUGUAUCAAGAGAAAGGCUGACUGGGCUUUCAAGUGGAUCUCUGGUAAUGAUUCAUUUGCUGAACGUUUGGUAGCAUUUGCUGCUGUCGAGGGUAUCUUCUUUUCUGGUUCAUUUGCUUCCAUCUUCUGGCUCAAGAAGCGUGGCCUUAUGCCUGGUUUGACUUUUUCUAAUGAAUUAAUCUCUCGCGAUGAAGGUCUUCACACUGACUUUGCUUGUCUCCUGUUCACUCACCUCAAGAAGACUCCCUCUGAAGAUCGUGUCAAGAACAUUAUUGUUGAAGCUGUUGAAAUUGAACAAGAAUUUUUGACUGAUGCUUUACCUGUUAACCUUAUUGGUAUGAACGCUAAGCUCAUGUGCCAAUACAUUGAGUUCGUCGCUGAUAGACUCAUGGUUGCUCUGGGCUUUAACAAGAUUUACAAUGUCUCCAACCCCUUCGACUUUAUGGAUAUGAUCUCUCUUCAAGGAAAGACCAACUUCUUUGAGAAACGUGUCUCUGAUUAUCAACGUGCUGGUGUUAUGAACAAGACUCCCGUUGAGAAGACCUUUACUUUGGAUGCCGAUUUCUAA